CCCACCUUUGACGUAGAAAGGUGUUGUUCUCGUUAGUCUGUUAAAAUUAUAUUUUUGCUAGAUAAAUGUUGUUAUCACAACUUUCUUUGGACUGAAUUUGCUUAGCAAAGAAUGGUAGAAAGCAGCAGCUUUAUGAAGAUUUUCUGUUGAAGUUCAAGAAAAAAAUAGACAUGUACAGCGAGUGGGCCUCGCUGUCACCACAGAUCCAAAAUGGUUCUAAUGAGAACCUCAGUGUUCUUGGAAAACUUCCCUCUACUGUUGGCAAAGAAGUUGCCAUUUCGGUGGUUAAGAACUUGGUUGCUAAUUUAGGCCUAACCACUCAGCCAGCUGAACCUAGCUCGCUGUCCUCUGAUAAGGAGGUUCAAUGGUGUAUGGAGGUGAUCUGCUACGGCUUAAGCCUGCCACUGUCAGAACACGACACUAUCAGAGAUUGUGUCCAUGUUUAUUGCGAGUGGCUCUCUGCGAUGGAAUCGGUGCCAAAGAUUAGUGUGCCGAAGCCAAUUUGUGAUGACCCAAACUUGUAUGCUAGAAAAAUUAUCCAACACCUACACAAUCUUUUUGUCCCACGAAAAGGGGAAGAAUGGUCCUUCCUUUACAUGAUGGAAUACGGUAAUUAUGGAACAGACACCGUGAACCGCCAAGCAGUGCUCUGCCACAGAGUGUUGCGCACGCUUCAAAACAUGGCACACAAGUCGAGUCGCAUCAACCAAGAGACGUGGGAGGCGCUUCUCUUUUUUCUACUGGCCAUCAAUGAUGCCCUCUUGGGACCUCCAACGCUUAAAGAGGAUAUUGGUGACCAGCUAUGCGAGCGAGUGUUGAGUGCACUCUUUGAAGUGUGGCUGUUGGCCUGCUCCAAGUGCUUCCCUCCGCCUCCAUUGUGGAAGACUCUCCGCGAAUCCUGCAUGAGGUGGCGUCACAGAAUCGCCCUAGUUGAGCAGUGGAACAGAGUUUGUCUCGCCCUUACUGCUCGACUGCUUGAAUUUUUGUACGGGCCGAAUUUUCCCGAGCUGAAAAUAAGUGAAGAGGACGCGCACCUGUGUCCGCAGAACAUGUCUCGAGACUGCAUUGCUCAGACUUGGUUUCGAAUGGUGCACACGAUAGGAAACCCUGUUGAGCUGUGCCAGCCGCAGAUUGUGAGUCAGACGCCUCCGUUCCUGCAGUUUGCGAUUUCCAGCAGCAACGUGGUGGACCCUUGCCAACACCCGUGCCUCAACAUUUUGCCUUCCAUUUACCUGAAGGCCAUCAAAGGCAUUGCAAGCCAAGUCGACGCUUUCUUGGGCAUAGCGCAGCCAAUGGAGUUAACCGACCCUGAAGCAGAAAAGAAGGACCAAAGUCGAGCUGGCUCUACUCCUUCAAAUUCUUCUUCCCCCACCCCACCUCUCCAAAGAAGGCUCGCUAAAAGCUUUAGUGUGGCCCCUUCAGCAAUGACCAAGGGAAUUCCUAAAGCUGCUCUCAUAGGACUCACCAGCAGCCGUUCUUCAACUGUCCACAUUCCGACAACACCGAACUCUGGUCCACCUUCCGCCUCAAGCAUUACAAGCGUCGGUUCCGGAUCGGAGCCUCGACCAGCGCUCGCUCCUGCCAGGUCCAGAUGCAAUAGCAUUUUGCACACUUAUGGAGAAUGGCUUUUUGAGUCUGCCCACAUUGGCUACAGGAGCCCUUACCAUGUCAAGACAGGCGCACAGCCUGAAGGAAGUGUGCAAAGACCAAGUUCCCUUCUUCUAGACAAAAGUGGCCUAUCGUUGCCUCCGAAGAACCCGGAUCUGUCAGACGUGCCUACCAAUUUGACAAUUGACAAAUUUGAAUCGGGCAAAGCGGAGGCCUUUGGCGCUCUUUGCCGAAUUUUCUGCUCAAAGAAAACCGGGGAGGAGAUUCUGCCAGUUUACCUCGCCAGAUUUUAUCUCGCUCUAAAAGUUGGCCUACAAACCCCCAAGGACAAAACAUGUGGUGAAGUACUCUCCAGCAUACUUCUCAACUCCGCAGACCUCUUCCGCUGCGAUCUUGACGGAGUAAAUGUUCUAAUCCCGUCUGUCAUUUCUGCGCUCGAAGUCGUGAUGCCGGAAAAAGACAUAAAAUUAAGAUCUGGAUCUGUCUCCAAAACUGAAUUGAGAAGAGCUUCCAUCCAGCUGUUACUUUCAUUGCUGUCUUUGCCUUUGCACUACCAGAAUCUCCCCAUCAAAGAACUGUGCCCGUCUACAGACAAGGGCAACGCCACUCACGUCACAUUUGCGCUUCUCAAGCCUCGUUUGAUGAACAUUUUAAUCAAUGCCCUGCAAGCUGAAACAGACUCUGUAAAUUGUCAAAUGCUUCUGGGUGGCCUGAUGCUGAGUGUUCAAGACUCAGCAACGAUGGAGGAAUCGGAAAAAGUGUUGCAGCCAGAGAAUGCCGCAGGUCAUGAAUCAUCAUCCAACCUGCUCAGCUCAGGUGCAGCCGCUGCUUGCGACAAUUGCAGCCUCGCCGACUUCCCGAAUAUUUCAUUCACAGAUGUGUUAGCAGACAGUGCGGUCGGCGGCGUCAAAUUCUGCUUUGACUACCCGAAAGGAUUAAUCAGAAAUUCGGCACACGCUCUUUUCGUGAGAGCAACUUAUCUGGUGUGCCACAGAUUGAUUUCCUCGUGGAGACAAGACCUGAAUGUGUCCCUGGCGGCACUUGAGCUGCUUUCAGGGCUCGCUCGAACCAAAAUCAAGGAAACUGACGCCCUGGAAUGCAAAAGGGCUGUCAAGUGGCUGUGCGACUACAUUUCGUACCAAUGCUCACGGCCGCCGCCAAGCCACUCAAAAGAUCUGCAUUCCAGCAUCGUAGCCGCAUUCCACUGCCUUUCCACCUGGCUGGUGCACCACCCUGACCUCCUCAAGGAGAAGGAGAAUGUAAUGACCGUCAUGGAGGUGGUAGAGUUGGGCAUUUCCGGAUCAAAAUCGCAGGGAAAACCUGGGGAGCCUUUGAAAAUUAAAGAGGAUAAGGAGCUAAAGCCUGUGUCAAUGAGAGUGAGAGAUGCUGCCGACUCCCUUCUUACAAUCAUCAUGGAACAGGUUGGAAACGUGCAAAACCCAUGCAGUCCAGCAACCACCUCUUCAAUGUUGGAAGAAGUGUCUCUGAUAAAAUACUGUAAAGGAGAAGACGUGAAAAAGGAUAAGGCUGUCGAGUGGUUCCGUUACUUCGUCAUUGACAAUCACAUUCUGCUGGCACUCCUGGAGGAGCCUCUAGGAAACGAUCCUGAUCCUGUCCCAACGAUCACUGCAAUCGUGAGGAAUUCAUUUGGGCGCUACCUGUGGCAUUUUGAACUGAGGGAUCUCCCCAGAAGCAAAAUGGGGCUCAAAACUGAAGAAAAAGAUCCUGGAAGGCCUCUCCCUGGCAGGGAUAAACAAAAGCGCGCAAAGAAGAACAUCAAGUUCUAUCCUGACUCUGCUGAACGGAUUCCCAAGUGCAAAAUGGAUGGUUCCAUUCCGUCUUUGGAUUCGUGCUACAGCAGUGAUGAAGACAUGGUCGGACAUAAAUUGCUCGGCAAACUGGUCGAAGAAGCGCACACGCGCGAACAGGUAACUGCAAAGAAGGAAAAGAGCCAGCCGCGCCACCCAAAUUACGAAUGCAAGCCACCGCCAAGAAAGACCGAGAUCCAAACCUCUCGACUCUUUCUUUCUAGCCUGGGACUGAUUAAUUUUGACGGAGAGCAGGGCAUUUCUGAGCACCCUCAGCUUACUGUGAUUGACAACAAGAUGAGCGGCUUUGCUGCUGACCUUGAACUGCUUGAUUUCAUGUCUCCUAGAACUUGGGACACGGUCCACUUGUUUUAUGUUAGAUCAAAGCAGACAAGUGCGGAGCAAAUCUGCAAUAAUGUGCUGAAGAAGGACGGUGUCGAUCCGAGAUUUCUUCUGUUCCUGGGUAGCCUUGGCUGGCCAGUUGACGUGUACAAGCACCCUGGGUGGACUGGGCAUGUUGCCACCAGCUGGAAGCUCCUUGAAAGACCCAGAGACUUACCUCCUGAGGACAAAAAUCACGGUGGUUCGCUUUUCAAUGGAGACCACCAGGUCAUUUACUGGGCAGAUGUCAGUUCAGAACUGGCUUUUGUUGUUCCAACCUUGAAAUCAAGACACCUCACGGAAACCUCGGCUGUGCACGCAAAUCCAGACAUAACCGUGCCAGGGCGUCCACUCUCAGCGCAAGGAAUGUCUACUGAUAAGCCGUCGAGAACGCUGUCUCUCGACUUGGAAAAGGGUCCUCCAAACACUGCUAGUGGCGUCAGCCUAAUCAGCGGAAAGGACUCGCCCUCUGCUGUCCGCAGGAGGAAAGCUGCAAUGAUGGACACGAAAGUCGUGGUGCUGUGGGUCGAGAAUUUCGAAGACACUUUCAAACCACCAAUCGCUGAUCUUAUGUCUGUGACGAGCACUGGAUUGGAGUCUGGACCGCUUUUGCGAGACCGACAGGAUGUUUUUGUCAUUUUCCUGCAUCCCCUUGAAAGUGAUCUUGUCAGGGUAAAACUGCAAGGACCAGUUGGGAGCAAACCCUUGUCAUUUGCAAUUCCCUUGGUGGAUGGAAUGGUUGUGAGUCGCAGGGUGAUCGGCAACCUGGUGCGUCAAACAGCGCUCAACAUUUGCCGUCGCCGGCGCUUGGAAAACGACGCUCAACACGCGCCGCAUGUAAGACGCCGACUCAAGAUCCAGGACUUCACGCAGCGCUACAAAUGUGAAAUGAACGUACCUGAACUCUGUCUGCACUUGUUUAACAAAAUCGACAUCUCUUCUUAAAAAUCCUUGUCAUUGUAUUAAAAUGAGGCAAAAUCCAAUCAAAUGGGGCCAAAAACUGAGUUCAUCUCAUUUAUUUUUGUUUUAUAGAUGAUAGAAAUUAUUUAUGACUAUAGCUAAUAAGAUGCUAUGCAAUAUAAAAUGUUACUUAAUUUAAUUCCAUUUAUUUCUUGCGAGGAGAAUUUUGUAUCGGAAAAAGUAUUACGAUUGUUUACAAAAGACACACUCAUUGAAAAAUAAAUCUUAUUAAGUAUAGAAAACAAAA